AUGGCAAAACCUUUACCAAAAAUUAGUUCACGCAGAAAUGGACGUAUUGGUUCACGUAAGAAUUCACGUAAAAUACCAAAAGGCGUUAUUCAUGUUCAAGCAAGUUUCAACAAUACUAUUGUGACCAUUACAGAUGUACGGGGUCGAGUGAUUUCUUGGUCCUCCGCUGGCACUUGUGGAUUCAGGGGCACAAGAAGAGGAACGCCAUUUGCUGCUCAAACCGCAGCAGGAAAUGCUAUUCGGACAGUAGUGGAUCAAGGUAUGCAACGAGCAGAAGUCAUGAUAAAGGGUCCUGGUCUCGGACGAGAUGCGGCAUUAAGAGCUAUUCGCAGAAGUGGUAUACUAUUAAGUUUCGUCCGGGAUGUAACCCCUAUGCCACAUAAUGGCUGCCGACCCCCUAAAAAAAGGCGCGUGUAA